AUGGACAAUGUAUGUAAACAUUGCCAUGCUCUAAAAUUCAAAGGAGAAUCAGCAGGUUUAUGUUGCGCAUCAGAGAAAAUUAUAUUGACAAAAUUAACAACACCACCGGAACCUUUAAAAACUCUACUAGAUGGAACAACGUCUCAAUCAAAAAUAUUACUGAAAAAAAAUCGCAAAUUUAAUUCAUGUUUUCAGAUGACGUUAUUUGGUGCUACGAAAGUAUUUGAAAAUGAAGAUGGUCGAAAUUUCGAAUCAACAUUUAAGAUACAAGGUCAAGUUUACCACCAAAUCGGUUCAUUGUUUCCCAUGCCUGAUGUGAAUCCGAAAUUCUUACAGAUUUAUUUUAUGGGCGAUGAUGAACAACAAACAAACAUGCGAUGUGAAUUUAAUCACAUACAGUUUAUGAAGGAAAGAGAUAUUGUGAACUCUUUGGAAAUAUUUUUUAAAAACCAUAACCAGUUGUUGUAUUUGUUUAAGACUCUUUCAAGUAGACUAGAAAACGAUGAUUACGCUAUUAUUAUUAGAGCAGACAAAGUGCCGAUGGGAGAACAUGCUGGCGCAUAUAAUGAAGUCGCGGUCGUAAUAGCUGGUGAUCUAUAUGAGGGGCGUGAUAUACGUAUACAACGGAGAGAUAAUACCAUGCAGAUAAUACAGGACAGUCAUAGUUCUUAUGAUGCUUUGCAGUAUCCAUUGAUUUUUGGAAAGGUGCAGAACUUGCCAAAAGUAAGUGCCAUGGAUUUUUACUGCUACCGAUUAAUGAUUCGAGCUAAUGAAGAAAAUAACAUUUUUAAAUGCAGACAGCUAUUCCAUCAGUUCGUGGCCGACAUGUAUGUAAAAAUUGAGAGUGAGAGAUUGAGAUUCAUAAAGUUUAAUCAAGCCAAACUCCGCGCUGAGGAAUAUAUACAUUCGCGUGAUGCAGUACUUGGUAAUGUAGAUGCAAUGAAUGAUAUUAGUCAUAUUGGUACUGCAUAUAUUCUUCCAUCUUCUUAUAUUGGAAGUCCGCGACAUAUGCAGGAGUACAUUCAAGAUGCUAUGGCUUAUGUUCGUGCAUAUGGCAGACCUGAUCUGUUCAUUACCUUUACGUGCAAUCCCAAAUGGGAUGAAACAAAAAAAUUGUUGAUGCCGGGACAAACAACGAUGGAUAGGCAUAGAAGCGACAAAGCGAUAUUUGCAAUUAAAAGUAUUAAUGAGAAUGAUGAAAUAACUCGAUAUAAAUGGGCUGUGCAUUUGGAGAACGGUCAGCGGGUAUACUUUACAGAAAACAAUAUAUUACAACAAGCUUUGACUGCUCCGAAGACUACUCUAACUGCAUUUUUUAAACUUUGUAAUAGAUCAGAUAUUGCUGGAAGAUUUGCUAGAACAUUAUUAUAUACAGAUACACCUAAAUAUUUUACAUGGGAUAAAAAAUCAAAAGAUUGGGUACCUAGAAAACGAGGUAUUCCUGUUUCAGGAUUCGAAGGCAUAUAUAUGACAAACAAUUUGGUUAGAUUGUAUACUGUUCAUCCUAAGCAACGAGAAUGCUUUUAUUUACGUUUGUUGUUGAUUAAUGUUAUAGGACCAAAAUCAUUCCAAAAUUUGAGGACAGUCAAUGGUAUUUUAUAUGAAACUUUUUAUGAUGCGUGCCGUGAGUUGCACUUAUUGGAGAAUGAUAAUCAAUGGGACAUGACUCUUGCAGAUGCAGCACUGAUUUCAUCUGCACAUCAAAUUCGACAAUUAUUUGCAAUAAUAUUAACAACAUGUUUUCCAUCAGAUGCAUCUGCACUGUGGAAUACACAUAAAGACCCAAUGAAACAAAUAUAUAACGAAGCCUUAAUAAUGAUUGAAGAUAUUUGUAUCCAAAUUUCGAACAUGUCGCUAAUUCAAUUUGGCAUGUCAGCACCGAGCCGAGCAGCAGUAGAUAUCAUGAACAACGAUGUUGAACGUGAACACCAGUUUGAUAAAACUGCUUUAGCUACUUUUGUUGCUAAUAAUAAAAUAUUGCUUACUGCCGAGCAACAAAGUGUAUAUGAUCAAAUCAAUACGUCAAUUGAGGCACAACAGGGCGGAUUCUUUUUUUUGGACGCACCCGGAAGCACUGGAAAAACAUUUAUUAUUUCACUGAUUCUUGCGCGUGUGCGGUCGCAAAAUAAUAUUGCGUUGGCAAUAGCUUCUUCAGGAAUUGCAGCAACAUUAUUUGAAGGAAGACGAACUGCGCAUUCGGCAUUUAAGUUACCUUUAAAUGUUCAUGUUAACCUAGAAGAAAUGUGCAACAUAAAGAAGAAAUCAGGAAUGGCGAAAGUUUUGCGAAAAUGUGAAAUAAUCAUCUGGGAUGAAUGUACUAUGGCGCACAAGCAUUCGCUUGAAGCUCUUGAUAGGUCGCUGAAAGAUAUCAAAAAUAAUAAUUGUCUUUUUAGUGGCUGCUUAUUGCUACUGUCUGGCGAUUUCAGACAGACAUUGCCCAUUAUUCCACGAGCGACGCGUGCUGAUGAAAUAAAUGCCUGCUUAAAAAAGUCUUAUCUGUGGCGUAAGAAAUUAUAUCUUAGUGUUAACAUUCGUGUUCAAUGUCUAAAUGAUGCACUGGGGUCGAAAUUUUCACAACAAUUAUUGGAUAUUGGUAAUGGCAGAAUUAAUUUUUAUGAAAAUAUAGAGUACAUUCAAUUCCCUGAUAAUUUUUGUAAUAUGCAUAAUCAUGAAGAUCAUGAGUGGCUACAAGAACGAGCAAUUUUAGCAGCAACGAAUUUGGAUGUAGACGAAAUGAAUUUAAAAAUACUACAGAUACUGCCAGGAUAUGAAUUCACAUUUAAAUCAGUUGAUACUGUUAUUGAUCCUGAUGAAAUCGUCAAUUAUCCAGUCCAUAUUAUUACUAUUGAAA